AUGGCCAAUUCUCACAACGAUCCAAAGAAUCCACCCAAGGUUCCUACCGGGUGGGUUGCCCAAUUCGACGACAAAUACCUGACAUGGUUCUAUGUCAAUUUGGAUUCGAAAAAAUCCCAAUGGGAAGCUCCUGAAGGUACCACUUGGGAGGAGCCAAGAGCGGCAGUAGCACCUCCUCCAUAUGAACCUCAGGGUAGUAGCAAUAGUGUAAACAACACCAACGGCAGCAGCAGCAAUGUUGGAGGGCCAGCUGCUGGUUCUGGUAGUGGCAGUGCAGCCGCUGGCGCACAACGCACCGGGCCCGAUUACGGAGGCUAUGGUGGGUACCAACAACAACCACAACAAGGAUUUCAGCCACAAGGUGGCUAUCCUUCUGCUGGAGGCUACGGCGGAGGCUACGGCGGAGGAUAUGGCGGUGGAUACGGCGGCCCAGGAGGCCCAGGAGGCUAUGGUGGUCCUCAAGGAUAUGGAGGAUACGGCCAACCACAGGGAGCUUACCCUCCACAGGGAUAUGGCGGAUACCCACCUCAACAGCAGUACAUGCAGCAACAGCCUAAAAAGAGCCGAUUUGGUGGAGGUGCCGGUAUGGCCAUGGGUGCUGGUGCCGGUUUGCUAGGAGGAGUCUUGAUUGCCGAUGCCAUGCACGACUCACAGAUGAACGCUUACGAGCAAGGAUACGAUAAUGGGUACGAUAAUGGAUACGAUAAUGGUUUCGAUAAUGGAGGAGAUUUUGGCGGCGGCGAUUUUGGAGGAGAUUUCUAA